AUGCCGCUCAUCAACGGUCAAAAGAUGGCCUGCGAGCCAUGCAUUCGUGGCCAUCGUUCGACCACAUGCAACCACGCCAACGAGCGUGUCAUGGUCCCGGUGCGUAAGCCUGGCAGGCCGCUGAAUGAAUGCCCCCAUACGCGUGGCAGCAAUUGUGGAUGUAGAGACGUCACUGUCGCCAUCCCCAGGAAAAGGAAAUGCGAGUGUGUCGGCGAUAAAUCUGCCGCUCCAAAGACCUCACUCACGCAGACAUCGGUAGAGGCGAUUCGUCCUGGAAAUGCAUCGAUAUCUGCCAAGGAGCAACAAGGUGGUGAGCCAUCAUCAUGCUGUAAGCCAAAAGCGCCAUCGGCAGAGACACCAGCCAGCAUACCUCCUGCCAUGGCACCCGCACCAGCUACAGCAUCUCUGUCCCAGCCCCAAGCUCAGGUUACACCCGUGCAUGGCAACGGCGCAUCACAAUGGACCACCAACUGGAAUUGGAACUUUGGCUCCAUGAAUUCGUCACACAUACCACAACCGUUUCCAGGCUUCACCGCCUCAGUAUCGCAACAACCUCAACCCAUUCAAGUGCAAGCAGCUAGGGUGCCACAGGCUGCAGAGACAGGAGUGUCAGCAUCGAAGAGGAGCGACUCAGAUGAUGAAGUAGAGGGAAGAUCAUCACAGGAAGGGUCGACCUCAUCAUCGGCCCCUGACGAACCGGCUUCGCGAUCAAGUUGCUGUUCUACACGAUCCAGCAGUACUGCACAAUUUGCAACCACGCCGGACUCUGCGUCUCCCGAGUCAUCAGGAGCUUCGUCCUAUACCGGUCACUCCCGAUCAAACUCCAAGUCACGAGCCACAAGAAAAUUACGAAAGGACAGGCAAAGCGUGUCAUCUAUAGCGACCGCGGUGCCCCAGGUAAUGCCAGAGACAGCCACUCGCCCUGCUUUUCCGGUCAUGAUUCAGAGUCCUGUAUCACAAAUGUCCAUGCAACCUAUCACGGCACACCCGCCUGCCUGCACAAACUGCGGCCAUAAUCAACCAGCGAUUCUGAUAUACCUGCCCUUUGGACUUCCAGCUCAACCUGUAGCAUAUACAGGUGCGGGCGGUGGUCCUGUGUAUGUCGUUCAACCAGCGCAGCCAGCCCCUGUAAACAUGCCGCCCCCACCACAAGAUUUCUCCAGGACCCCGAAUCCGCCCAUGACGGCCAUCACUGUUCCAAUGGGAGGCUGUGCGAGCGACACGACUGGAUUAGGAACUCUUCAUGAGUGUAAUUGUGGUCCGGGUUGUCAGUGUCUUGGCUGCAUUGCCCAUCCAUUCAACGAUGCGACGCGGGAAUACAUCCGAUCCGCCCAAAAUGCCUUUGAUGAUUUCACCACGCCGUAUCAAAGCCUACAAGACAUCGACUCAGGCGCCGUGCCUACUGCGCAAUCGAUUGCCAAUCUUACCCUCAGUCCAGAACAGACAUUGGCUUCAGAGGACUUCUUCUUCAUUGACUAUCCAUCGGCACAGAGGACAUACCCCGGAUGA